ACCCACCCUAAUCGGUUCGGCGCUCAUUGUCUCCAUGUGCAAACGUACCUCCGCAUCUUCCUUAAACCCUUGGCCCUGCCAUCUUCCUCUGCAAGCCCAAACUCACUCACGGCCGAGGCACGAAAACAUCGACGACGGAGACCCGAUGCUGACGCUAGUUCGUCGGACGCGAAGCUCGUCCGUCUCGAAGCUCAGGUUCCUCGUCUCCCCGCCUCUCUCUUCUUCCAAAUCGCUCCACUCUCCUCCCAUCCAUCAUGGCCCCAACGACGCGGCAACAACGACCCUACCGCCAUUCCUCUCCGCCGCCUCCUUCGCGUCCCUGUCCACGGCAGCACAAGCGCCGAAGCAAUCGCCUCCGCCUCCGGCCCUGACCCGGGAGGGGAAUUACGAUGAAGCCAUCCCGGGCCGCGCCGUCUGCCCCGGCUGCGGCGUCCACAUGCAGGACUCCAACCCUCGGCACCCCGGCUACUUCGCGAAGCCCUCGCCCAAGACCCCGCACUACCGCCUGCUCGAUGCCCACCUCGCGCCCGUCGCGCAGGAGCCCGAGUUCUCCGAUAUCCUGAAAAGGGGCUUCGUCGUCGAGGACGAAGGCCCCGGCGGCGGCGGCGGCGGCCCUGAUUCGGACGAUAAGCCGGUGGUCUGCGCGCGGUGCCACUCCCUGAGGCACUACGGGAAAGUGAAGGACCCGAGCGUCGAGAAUCUGUUACCGGAUUUCGACUUCGAUCACACGGUCGGGAGGAAGCUGGCUUCGGCGACGGGGACGCGGUCGGUCGUGCUGAUGGUGGUGGACGCGGCCGAUUUCGACGGGUCGUUACCGAAGAAGGUGGCGAAGCUGGUUUCGACGACGAUUGAGGAGAAUUCAACUGCUUGGAAGGAGAAGAAAUCGGGGAAUGUGCCUAGAGUAGUUUUGGUGGUGACGAAGAUUGAUUUGUUGCCCAGUAGCAUAUCGCCCACCGGCUUCGAGCAUUGGGUGAGGCAGAGAGCGAGGGAAAAUGGGGUGAUCAAAAUCACGAGUUUGCAUAUGGUGAGCGCAGUGAGGAAUUGGGGGUUGAAGAAUCUUGUGGACGAUGUCAUUGCUUUGGCUGGGCCUAGGGGGAAUGUCUGGGCGAUUGGCGCGCAAAAUGCAGGGAAGAGUACUUUGAUUAAUGCAAUCGGAAAGCAUGUGGAAGGGGGGAAAGUUACCCACUUGACAGAGGCACCGGUGCCCGGCACCACGCUGGGAAUAAUUAGGGUCGAGGGGAUUUUGCCGGGUAAGGCGAAGUUGUUUGAUACGCCAGGGCUUUUGAAUCCGCAUCAGAUCACGACGAGGCUGACCAGGGAAGAGCAGAAGCUUGUUUAUGUCAGUAAGGAGCUCAGACCAAGGACUUACAGAAUUAAGGCAGGUCAUUCGAUUCAUAUUGCUGGGCUCAUGAGGCUGGACAUUGAAGAAUCAUCUGUAGAUUCAGUUUAUGUUACUGUAUGGGCGUCUCCCUAUCUCCCAUUGCACAUGGGGAAAACAGAAAAGGCACAUGCAAUGGUAGAAGACCAUUUUGGUCGUCAAUUGCAGCCACCAAUUGGUGAAAAACGAGUGGAAGAGCUCGGACAAUGGGUGAGAAGGGAAUUUCGUGUAAGUGCUAACAGCUGGGACGCAAGUUCUGUGGAUGUUGCAGCUGCAGGUCUUGGGUGGUUUGCCAUUGGAAUAAAAGGAGAGGCACUCUUAGGGGUUUGGACAUACGACGGAGUCGAUGUCAUCCUCCGCAACUCACUAAUUCCCCAUAGAUCCCAGAUAUUUGAGGUUGCGGGAUUUACGGUUUCCAAAAUCGUCUCAAAAGCGGACCAGGCUAUGAAUAAGUCGAAGCGCCAGAGUGAAAAGAAAGUGAAACCAAGUGAUCCUGAAAAAGCUGUACCUGUUAAGUCAUCAUCAUCGACCUCCGACACAAGCUCAAAUGCUCACUGUAAUUUAGUGUAACAAGAAAUUAUUUGAAAGGUUUUGGAAGGACCAGUUGGAAAUACUUUAUGGACUUGGGUCUUUAAGUGGGGGCAUAUGCUCAAGCAGCCUAGCAAGGCUAGGGUCGUUG